UUUAUAUUUAACAUUACUACAUCCGAUUACACAUAUUUUCAUAAAAUUAUAGUUUAUAAUCUAUGUGUUAUAUCGUAAAUAAAAACUUAAAAUUUCGCAGAAUAUUAUUUAAUUUUUACUUUUGUUAGCGCUGCGCUAUUACAAGUAACUUAAAACAGAAAUAUUUUUAAGUAAAUAUUAUAUCGUAAAUUAAUUUUAUAUACACAAAUGAAAAUUUGUAAGAAACAAACAACGUUUUACGAAAAAUUUAUUAAGAAAAGGUCACAGGGUAGAUCGCAUAGUUCCCGGGGGUGGAAGGCUGUUUCGGCCGCACCCCGGCAUCGCUACGUCAGUCGUCAUUCCAACGUGGCUCAACAAGUACACGCGGCAGUGUACCGUUGAUUCAAAUAUUUGAAAAUGUACCACAUAAUAUAAGAUAACUGUAAUCUUGUUUUGCUUACAAAUAUAUCGAAGAAAAGCGUAACGAGACACUCGCGUUUCAAGAAUAUUAACAAAUUUAGACAUAUUCAUUAUCCUUAUACUUUAUUUCUCCAUUGAUCUGUUAAUAGUGAAACAAAGUAUCUUACUUGUAAGUAUAUAAAUAACAUUUCAAUCUUACUUUUAGAUAUUACAAUUUUUUAUUUAAUUUGUAUACUAAAAAUAUUAUUCUUUUCUAUAAAAGUAAGGGUAUUUAUUUAUCUAUACAUUGACCUUGAAAUAUUGUUUGUGAAAUAAUUUUCAUAAUUAAAUAUUUAAAGUAUUUAACAUUAACAAGGAAUAAUAAAAAAUAAUUAAUCAAAAUGUGACUUUAUCCUAUAAAUAAUAUAUGACACUUUUAAGAAGGGAAUCUCUGAAUGACAUCCAAAGUGAUGAAUGGGAAUAACUGGGAGGGAAAAUGGCCUAAACAACAAACACGGACUAAUAAAACAGUACACAAGAACAGUAAGCGAACUAAAAAAUCUGGAUUAAAGUUAUCGAAUUCAUCUAAAGGGACAACACCUAGACAAAGAACUCUUAGAAGAUUGGAAAGUAAUGAGAGAGAAAGAAUGAGAAUGCAUAGUUUAAAUGAUGCUUUUCAGUCUUUACGUGAGGUAAUUCCACAUGUGUCAAAGGAAAGACGAUUAUCCAAAAUUGAAACCUUAACUUUGGCAAAAAAUUAUAUAGUUGCUCUCACAGAUGUAAUAUGUGCAAUGAGAAGUGAAGAAAAAACUAUAGAUUCACAGUCAGAAAUUUCUCAAUCUCAAGAAUCAUCUAAGAACAUAAAUAUUUGUCUAAAUAUGAAUAUUCCAAUUCCUUCAAAAUCCUGUAGUUAGGGAAAUAUCAAUAUUUAUUGGAAUAGUUAUUCAUACACAUAAGGAAACAAUUCUAAAAACACUGCAGGCCUCAGAAAUAAUAACAAAUAUUUUACAUUAACGGCAGUAUCAAAAAGCUGUUAAAUUUUACUUUAUGUAAAUCUUUUCAUUCAAGAUUUAUCCUCAUAUAUCUGAUUAAAUAAUAGAUCAAAGAAUUAAUAAAUUCAUAUCUAAUUCUAAUCUCAUUUAAUUUAGUUUUAUUUAUAUCUUUUAGCAGUAUUAUUGAAAAUAUGGUGCCAAAGAAUACUAUUAUUUUCAUGAAAUGAAGCAGUAUUAUAUUCUAGUAGUUACUAUAUAUAUGUUGUGUAGUA